GUGUCACCGGCUCUGAACUUUUCGGGUUUAUAUUUGAACACAAAACAUAACGUUAAAUACGUUCAGCUGGAUGUUGUAAGUUAAUUGUACUGUCUGCUAGUUUAUUCCUUGACAUCGUUAAUAAAUGCAAUGAAGAUGCCACCUCCAAGGUCGCCCGAGAUGUAAAAGCCUCGUGGCGUUAAAAAAAAAACAAGUACAGUGUACCACCAAAGAUGAUCGUUCGGCCCUUGAAAAAUUGCUUGUUUCACUUGAAGCAACAAAAACGCGGGACUCGACGUUGGAUCGUUUCGGUCGCCAUACUUCAGGUUCUCACGGUUCUCGUAUUUUUUCAUUAUUCAACCAGCGUUUCGAGAAACUAUUUAUCUGAGCAAAAGUUGUCAGUUUAUAAUGGAGGAAUAGACACUUCCACUAAUCCGUCACCAUCAGUCUUUAACGAAAAUCUAAUAGUUUCGCUCGUAGAGGACGAGACCUUACAUUUUCAACCAGUAGGAAUUGCGCCAUAUUGUUACGUGGAAGGAACUGAUGUCGAAGCUACCGUGUCCACCAAUAGCUCCAAAUGCGUAUGCCGUACCAAUUAUUUUGGUCAUGAAUGCGGCAUUCCGGCAUCAGCUUGGCAUCGAACGAUUUCCAAAAAAUAUCAUAGAUGGCCAUUGAAACCGAGGAAAGUGCCAAGAAGAAUAAUCCACGGUCUCAACAUUAAUCAUGAAACGGAUUUCUUUCGUGUGCGGCUUGAAGAACUCAAGGAUGCUGUUGACGUGUACAUUGUCUGUGAAUCAAACUACACAGCCCACGGGGAUGCCAAACCCCUUUACUUGAUGGAAAAAUUGCGAUCCGGUUUUGUGGAAAAUUUUCAUUCUAAGAUCGUCCAUGUAUCACUUCAUAAAUUCCCACCAGAAGGCCGAAAAAAUGGUUGGUACAUCGAUAUGUAUCUGCGUACAUAUAUGGGCACCCAUGGUCUCAAUCGAAUUCGUGGGGUACGUUCUGAUGACUUAUUUGUUUUGCUGGAUGCGGACGAAAUUCCUACACGGGAGGUUCUUAUGUUUCUCAAACUAUAUGACGGAUAUCCGGAACCAGUUCGCCUUGCUAUGCGUUGGUCUGUUUUCGGCUUUUUCUGGAAGCAAAAGAAAGAAAAACAGACUGGAUUCAUACUCGACUGGCUACGCGAUGCUAUGAAAGAAGAUCCAGAGAAUGACAACGAAGAAUUGCUUCAAGUCACAGCGGUGAGCACGAUGAAUUUGGUCUGGAAAGUUUGCCGGAAUAACACAUUCCUCAUCCGUAAAGAUAUGACGAACUAUGCAGAUUUUCAAGAACGAUUAAGUCAAUAUCGGAUAGAAGGUAAUCGAGUAUCUCCGUGGACAGCUGGGACAAAGCAUCACUAUGCUGGCUAUCACUGCUCAUGGUGUUACAGUCCGGAAGGCAUCCGUACUAAACUGUUAUCAGCCCAUGCAGAUGACAAGCCACGAUGGGGCGACUACGCCGAGAAACUGGAUCUUCCGUACAUUUCUCGAUUGAUUCGUGAUGGUGAAUGGUUCGACGCAACUCAUCCAUUCCUGAUGGCUGACUGGGAGAAAGAAGACCAGUACGCCCCAAAAUUCAUGUUACAACACUACCGAGAGUUCCAUCAACUUUUGUAUCCUCCGGACAUGACAAACGUAUUGUAUUCAAGCUCACAUGACAGUGAUUCUCAAUAAUUAAUUCUUACAAAAGAA